CUCAUCGUUUCAGAGUCAGUCUGACAACACAGUGAGCGGACGACGUACCAGGUCCCACCUGAGAACACCAGAACCUGCAGACCUUUAGAACCUGCAGCCUCAGACCAAUCUGCAUCCGUUCCUCAGACACGCAGUAUGGUUUGGUCCCAGGAGAGAGAAGCAGACCGGCCGCCGCUGUCCGUCAUUUUGCCGCGACUCUACCUGGGAGCGGAGAGCGACGUGACGCAGGACCGUCUGGCUGCUCUGGGUAUCUCCUAUGUACUAAGUGUGAGUCGCUGCAGCCCUCAGCCCUCCUUCCUGCCUUGCUCUAAAUACCUCCGUAUCCCCAUCGAUGACUCCCUGUGGGACGACCUGCUGCCAUGGAUCCCACAGGCUCUGCACUUCAUAGAUGCAGCUAUGUCCACUGGAGCCUCGGUGCUGGUUCACUGUGCAGCAGGGAUCUCACGCUCCCCAGCUCUGGCUGUCGCCUACAUCAUGUACAGCCUCGGACUGGACCUGGACCAGGCCUACAGGUUUGUGAAGGAGCGAAGGCCCUCCAUUUCUCCAAAUUUCAACUUCUUGGGUCAGCUGCAGCACUUCCAGAGCACUCUGAGCCAGAAGCCCCCCUGUGGUGACCCCCACAUGGUCAGUGUUGACAGCGACUCAGCAGACGGCCAACACAUCCACAAAGACCAGACACAGCAGCAAAGACAUUCAUGCUCAGAUGGAAGCGAAAAUCAGCAUCUUUCCUUGUCAGGGAAACUCCGGACUCUUCAUUUAACUCUUAAUCAAAAGCAGCAGGAUGUCCAGCCAUUCUGUAUGGAUCCACCGGUUUCUUCAAGCCUCUCGGAGAUGAUCAAACCCCAAGUCCCCACGCAACUACAACUCCCAGCAGGCUCUGCUUCUCUAUUAGAGAAACGCAAAAGCCUUACACUCUCUUUGACACCCUUGGGCGUUCGCCCUCCAGCAAACAGCCAGCAAGUGAGGUGCAGUUCUCCAUCCAAAACUGUCCACAAGAGGGAGGCAGCAGAACAGGCUGAAGUAAAGACACAGAGUAACACUGCCCUCUGCAGGCAGCCGGAGGAAACACACAGAGAGCACAGUUCCACCCGUGGUGGAGGCGUGGAGACGAGGGAGCAGAGUCUACUGUCACCACUCAGCUACACCCUCAACAGACUGCUGGGGUGGGGGGAGAGGGUGCUGCUGGGAGACAUGUUUGUCCAACCUGUGAGGAUGGGACAGGCUUACAGAUGCUGAGGAUGGGGGGUGGGGUUUGGAUUUGUGCAUGUGUGUCAAAAGAACCAAAACGACAUGUUAUGUGCAAACAUACAUACAGGAGCGCUGAUGUAUGUGUUUGUCUUUGUUAUGUAUUUAUUUCAUUGUUUGUUUAUUUAUUGCAGAGAUGAAUAUAAAAUACCCCAGUGUGUAAAAACACUUGUGGAUCUUUAUUUCACAUUAAACUUGAUCAAUUUA